AUGGAGGAAUUUGUCCUAACGACGCAGCAACUUCAAGAAAAGGAAAAACUCAUUAGCAUUUUGAGGACUCAGCUCAUCCAGACACAAGCUGCACAGAACCCCUCAAAAAUUAGUUCUACAAGUGAGCUGACCCAAAAAUCAGAAGUAUUUUUGUUACAAGAGCAGAUACAUAAACAGGGUUUAGAAAUCCAGAAUUUGAAGGCAGCCUCCCAUGAAGCCGAGGCCCACGUGGAAAGCCUGCAGCAGGAAUUGGAAAGCAGCCAGCUCAAACUUGCUGGCCUGGAACAUCUGAAAGCAUGACAGCCUGAACUAGAUGAACUGCAAAAACACAUGCAGCAGAAGGAAGAAGAGGUCAGCUACCUGUCUGGACAGCUUAGUGAGAGAGAACAGACCCUAACCAAAGUCCAGGCAGAGAUGAUGGAGCAGGAGCAUUUGAUCAGGGCCCUGCACACACAGCUGGAAAUGCAGGCUAAGGAGCAUGAGGAGAGGCUAAAGCAGUUCCAACUGGAACUUUGUGAGCUGAAACAGAAGUCAGAAGAGGGUGAGGAAGAAGCUAAAGCAAAGCAGCUGAUAAAGAAGAAACUGCAGGCGGCUCUCAUCUCCCGAAAGAAUCUGCAAGAGGAGUUGUCUUCAGCUAGAGAUGUUGUGGCACACCUGACCAAGUCUCUCGCAGAUGUGGAAAGCCAGGUUUCUGUUCAAAAUAAAGAGAACGAUGAAUUCAAAGGAAAGUGCCUUCUUCAGGGAGAAAGAGACAAAGUCAUUGUAAAAAUAGACAAGUCUUUACUUGAAAACCAGAGCCUCCUCUUGUUAAAGCCUGAAACUAGCUCUGGAGGGGAAGAAAAGAAAAACCCGAUGAAGGAACUUGAAUCUCUGAGAUGCUCUAACAUUGCAGAGAGCACCGAGUGGCAAGAGAAGCACAGGGAGCUGCAGAAGGAGUAUGAAGUUCUUCUGCAGUCCUACGAGAACGCGAGCAACGAAGUAGAGAGGAUCCAGCACGUGGUGGCAGGUGUGAGGCAAGAGAAGCAAGUGCACGGGAAGUUACGAAGCACAGAGACAGACAAAAGAGAAAAGCAGCCGCAGGAUGCGAAACAGGAAAUGGAAGAAAGAAAAGAAAAGAUGAAGAAGUUUGCUACAUCAAAAGAACAGAAAAUCCUGGAGCUGGAGGAAGAGAACAACCGGCUUAGAGCAGAGGCUCAACCUCUAGGAGGAGCCAAGGCAAGCAUGGAUGCUCUUCUUUCUUCGAAUUCCCGCCUGAAGGAGGAACUAGAAAGGGUAAAAUUAGAGUAUAAAACCCUUUCUAAGGAGUUUGAGGCUUUAAUGGCAGAGAAAAACCUUCUGAGAGAAGAUCUGAAGCUUCAAGGGGAAGAGAGUGCACUGAAACAAACUAGCCUAGAGGCCACUGAGAAAUUCCAUCAACAAAAGGAUGUCAUCACUGAAGAAGAAACACAAGCUCUGGCGGGCAAAUCGCAAGAGCAAGAUACUCAGAGUGUGAGCGUUAAACGUGAAGAUUCGGACUGUCUUCUUUCAGCAAACAGCGCCAAGCCUGGCACUAGUGAGACUUUGGGCUUCCACAAUGACAUCAGUGGCCACCUCCAGCAGCUUUGCCAACUCAAGGGAAGAAUCGCUGAGUUAGAGAUGGAGAAACAGAGUGACAGGGAGUCAGAAAUGCGGAAGGAGUAUUUAGAGAAGAUUCAAGGUGCCCAGAAAGGACCUGGCAAUCAAAGCCAUGCAAAGGAGCUCCAGGAGCUGCUGAAAGAAAAACAGCUCGAGGUGAAGCAGCUGCAGAGGGACUGCAUUAGGUACCAGGAGAGGAUCAGCACUCUGGAGAAGACGGUUAAGGCCUUAGAGUUUGUUCGGACUGAAUCCCAAAAGGAUCUGGACGUGACCAAAGGAAAUCUGACACAAGCAGUUGAACAUCGUGAAAAGGCCCAAGAGGAACUAUCUAGCUUCAAGGUACUGCUAGAUGACACGCAAAGCGAAGCCGCGAGAGUGCUAGCAGACAAUCUCCGUCUGAAAAAGGAACUUCAGUCAAACAAAGAAGCCGUCAAAAGCCAGAUGAAACAGAAAGAUGAAGAUCUGGCACGAAGACCGGAGCAAGCGGAAGAAAAACACCUAGACGAGAAGAAGAACACGCAAGAGAAACUGGAUGCUUUGCAGGGAGAAAAGGCCCACAUGGAAGACACGCUUGCAGAGAUCCAUGUCACCCUGUCCCAGAAAGACAAAGCAAUGAAACAGCUGCAGGAGAGCCUGGCCAGCACUGUGGCUCAGCUUGCAGCCUUCACUAAGAGCAUGUCAUCCCUCCAGGAUGACCGUGACAGGGUGAUCGAGGAGGCCAAGAAAUGGGAGCAGAAGUUUGGUGAUGCCAUUCAAACCAAAGAAGAAGAGAUCAGACUAAAGGAGGAGAAUUGCAUGGUUCUAAAGGAUCGGCUGCAGCAAAUGACCACCCGUGCAGAAGAAUGAAGAUAGGUCCCUUCUCAUAGACUUGAACAUGACAACAAAAUCUGGGAGUCCAAGGCCCAGACAGAGCUCCAACAUCAACAGGAAGUUUGUGAUACCCUGCAGGGGGAAAACAAAGAGCUUAUGUCCCAAUUAGAAGAGACUCGGCAACUGCAUCACAUUAUGAAUGAAUUAGCUAAACUGGGGUCAGAACUUAAGAGUCUCAAAGACCAGUCAACUGACUUAAAUGAAUCGUUGGAAAAAUGUAAAAACAAUAAGGAAAAUUUGGAAGAAAUUAUAAAACAGCAAGAAGCUGAUAUCCAGAACUGUAAAUUCAAUUAUGAACAACUCAAGACAGACCUAAGGACCUCCAGUGAGCUGACUGGUCAGUUGCAGGACGAAAUCAGUGUGAAGGAGCAGAAGGUUAUAAGCCUGCUUUCUGGCAAGGAGGAGGCGAUCCAGGCAGCUGUUGCUGAACUGCACCAGCAACACAAUAGAGAAAUCAAAAAACUAGAAAAUCUCUUGUCCCAGAAGGAAGAGGAGAAUGUCGCCUUAGAAGAGGAAAACAAGAAGGCUGUUGAGAAAACCAAUCAGCUCAUGGAAACACUGGAAAACAUCAAGAAGGAGAACCUCAAGCAGACGGCUCAGCUGGAUUCCUUUGUUAAGUCCAUGUCCUCGCUCCAGGAUGACCGAGACCGCAUCAUAAGUGACCACCAGCAGCUGGAAGAUCGACAUCUCUCUAUAAUCUUAGAAAAAGACCAACUCAUCCAAGAAGCUGCUGCUGAGAAUAAUAAACUGAAGGGAGAAAUUCGAGGACUGAGAAAUCAUAUGGAUGAUCUCAAUUCCAAGAAUGCCAAGCUGGAUGCCGACCUCAUCCAGUACAGGCAAGACCUGAACGAAGUGAUAUCCAUAAAGAACUGUCAGCAAAAGCAACUCCUUGAGGCUCAGCUACAGCAAACUAAGGAGCUGGAAAAUAAAUAUGGAAAACUAGAAGAGAAGCUGAAGGGGUCGGAAGAAGCUAGGCAAAGCCUACAACGGUCCUCAGAUGCCCUCCAAGGGGAGAAACGAGGCUUGUCUACACAGAUUGAGAGCUUGAGGAGACAAGUGGCAGCCUUGCAGGAAGAAGGAACCCUAGGCGCCUUUCACCUGACCACCACUGAGAGCUUGAAAACAGCCAGCCAUGUCUUCACUCCAGAAUGA